UGCUCAGGGGCGGCCGCGCGCAUGCGCCACUCCGGAGGCUGCCGGAAGAGCCGGGGCUACCGGGCCGGCGGCCGCCAGUGCCGGCUGGCCGGGUCUACGGGAUGGGCGGCGGGGGCGCUGUGACUGCCGAGCCGCAGGAGCCCGAGCUCCUAGAGCCGGCGCUGCAGGCUCCGGAGGAGGAGUCCCUGCAGCUGAGCGUCUGCCCGGAGGAGGAGGCGGCGGUGGCAGUGGCGGACCCGGCCCCUUCGCAGCCAGCUGCUGGCGGUUGCUGCCCCUACGCCCUCCGAAACGAAAACGCCGAAGCUAAGAAGAAAGCAGCCUGCCCUGGACUUGGCUUGUUUUAUACAUUAUUGUCUGCCUUCUUUUUCUCAGUGGCCUCUUUAUUAGUAAAAAAAAUACAAGAUAUCCAUUCAUCAGAAAUUAGCGCAUUUCGAUGUGUAUUCCAAAUGUUAUUUGUUCUUCCUUGGUUAAUAUACAAAAAAACGGGGUUUUUGGGACCAAAAGGCAAACGAAUUUUCCUUUUGCUCAGGGGAGUCUUUGGUUCCACAGCGAUGAUCCUUCUCUACUACGCUUUCCAGUUAAUGCCCAUCGCUGAUGCCACUGUUAUCACAUUUACUACCCCAGUUUUCACUUCGCUAUUUGCUUGGAUAUAUCUCAAGGAAAAAUAUAGUCUUUGGGAUCUUUUCUUCACUCUCUUUGCAAUUGCUGGUGUGGUGCUUAUUGCAAGACCUCCAUUUUUGUUUGGCUACAACACAGCAGGGAUAGAAGAGAACCAUUCCAACCAUCUCAGAGGAGCAUUAGCAGCUAUAGGUGGUGCUAUGUGUGCUGCUCUGACUCUUGUUGUCCUAAGAAAGGUGGGGAAAUCUGCGCACUAUCUGCUGAACAUUUGGUAUUAUGUAGUGAUUGGACUGUUGGAAUCUGUCAUUGUGCUCAUCAUAGUGGGUGACUGGCGUCUACCUCAUUGUGGUUUAGAUAGGCUGUUUUUGGUAUUAAUAGGAAUUUUUGGGUUGGGGGGGCAGAUAUUUAUCACUAAAGCAGUUCAGGUAGAAAAAGCAGGGCCUGUGGCCAUAAUGAAAACAAUGGAUAUAGUCUUUGCUUUCCUACUUCAGAUUAUUUUUCUUAAUAAAAUACCAACGUGGUGGACAGUGAGUGGUGCCCUUUGCGUGGUAGCCAGCAGCUCUGGAGCUGUCAUUCGCAAUUGGUGUGAGAAUUCCCAAGUGAGACAUCAGCACUGAGAUAGACUUGUCAGGUAGAACUUCAUCCCAGUAACACAGAAAAUUUUAAGAUGUAUUUUUAUUAAUUGGUCAUACUACAGUUUAUAAGUUUAGAAAUAGAAGUAUAAUUUUUGAAAACAGCAUAUGUUUUUAAUAAUUUUAAAUAACUUGGCUAGUUUGGUCUCCCUGGUAUCAUGAAUUUUAUCAGAAGAAAAAAAUUUGAUUCAGAUUUUUUCAUGACUGGAACAAAGAAGUACAUGUAUAAUGCUUUUUUUAAAAAAAGAAAUACAUUGUCUUUAUUGUGAGCACCUGGGUAGGAGAGGAAAUUAAGGAUAAUUUGAGCAACAUGAGGGCCAAAUUAGCAUUAUAUUAAUUAAGUGAAUAAAUAUUUACAUUUAUAAUUUUUAGCAUAGUAAGCAGAAACUUAAAAUAGAAGUCUUGAAUUUUUUUAUAGUGCAAAUCUAUUUUUUUAGACCAAAGUUUAGAUCUAUAAAGUGCCUUUCCAUGCUAAUACUAGAAUUUACACAGGCAAAAGCUUCAUAUUUUUUUAAAAGGCGAGAAGUCCUAGAGUCAAAUUUGGCCAAAUGUUUAAGUAGCCACAGUAAUUAGAGCUACAGCCUACAAUUUUAAUUUUCCUAUGUUAUUAUGUAAAACUGCAUUCAAAUUUUGAUGUUUAUGGUCUCUCAUUUCAGUUUUUCAAAUGACAUAGGGGCAAAAUAUUUUAGCCACAUUUACAGCCUAAAGCGAUUUCUUCCCCAGAAAAGGUAGUUUUCUAUAAAUCUGUUCUAGAUAUUUAAAGCAAUACCAAGUGGAAAUCUCUCAGGAUUUUAGGUAACUUUUUAAAAUUACUUUUUAUAACAACCUCUAAACCAAAAACAUGGCUUAGAGAACUUUGGUGUACUUUUAAAAGCCAACUUUUCUAAGCAACAUUAGUCAUCUUAAUUUGUGAGAAAAAGCAAAGUUUUUUUUUCCAGUGGAAUUGAAAUGUGGUACCUUAUUUUUUUAUGUCAGAACCUUUUGUCAUUAUCUUGAUGACACCUUGAAUGGAAAAAAUAAAUAUUUCACUGCACAUAAAAAUGAUCGAUAAAUAAUUGCUGGUAUUUGAUUGUAUGUUAAAUGUAUUAAGUCCAUUUAAGUUAAAUGGCACCAGGGAUUUAAAUAAAACAUCUCAUAUGUAGCAUUCUGUCAAGCCAGAAUUUACCAUGCCUUCAAAUGGAAGAAACUGUAAUAUCCAGAAAUCCUUUUAGUAUCUUACUUGCUAAGUAACUUAAUGUAAGAUGGUUGGAUUUGGGGGUGGAAGGCCUGGUUUUCAAUUCUGAUUUUUGCUGCUCAUAGUUUUUGAGCCCUGGCCAGGUCACUUCAGAGCUUUCCAUUUCUUCCCCUGUAGAACAUCUAGCUCCAAAUCUUAUGAAAGUAGUAUGACCUGUGUGUUGGUCCUAAGCACCUCUCUAAUGAGAAUAUGAUGACAUUCAACUCCCUCACUACCCCAAGAUGACUUUCCUGUUGGCAUAACCCUUGAACCACUGAGUUGGAAUAAUGCAGCUUCUUUUCCAUUUUCUGGUCAUUUAUUCUGAAGGAGCAGGGAUUUGAGGUCCUGAUGCCUUUAUGAGAUUUUAUUUUCCUUUCUGGAAAUAAUCCUGAGAAUAUAUUUUUUUCCUCUCAGUCCUUUCUGACUGAAGAAUUGCAAAUGAAGAUUAAACAAAAAUUAAUUUUUGCCUAUAUAACUAACCUGGUCCAUAGUAUGUUAAUUGAAAUGUUUGUAGAAAUCUCAGUUCUUAAUUGUCUCUGAAAUCAUGUUAGAAUGGGGAUUUCAGAAAUUAUCAAAUCCAUGGAUUCUCAGAGUAUGAUUGGGGAACCCCUGGGCAUCCUGAGACCCUUUCAGGCGGUCUGUGGGUCAAAACUAAUUUGAUAAAAAUACUAAGAUAUUUUAACUUCUGAUAUGAUAAAUGUCAAUAGAUAGAAGCCUCACAAAAGCUCUUUGGGGGUCCUCAGUACAUUUUUUUUUGG